AUGGGAUUGAACUAUAAGAUACACUACAAAAAAGGGAAGGAGAAUGUGGCUGCAGAUGCACUAUCCAGGAGGGCAAGCAAGGAGGAGGGGGAGUAUGCUGAGCAAACCUGUAUUAUUUCUGAAUGGGUGAAAGAGGUGAUAAAGAGUUAUCAGGAAGAUGAACAAGUUCAAAAGCUGAUAAUGGCUAGGAUUUUUCUAGACCAAGUCUGCAAACUACAUAGGAUGCCUCUGAGUAUGCUGUUUGACAGAGAUAGGAUAUUCACCAGCCAGUUCUGGACAGAAUUGUUUACAUUAUUGGAGACAGAACUAAACCUAAGCACCGCAUAUCACUCUCAGACUGAUGGACAAACUGAGAGGAUGAAUCAGCUAGCCUUGGGGCCUUAUUCCCAUUCCAAAGUAGCUACAGUAGAAAACCACUUGAAGGACAGGCAAAGGAUGGAUGAAUUGCUCAAGAGCAAUUUGCAAGAGGCUCCGAAUAUAAUGAAGAUGUAUGUUGAUCAGAGGAGGUCUAAAAGGGAGUUCAGUGUCGGGGAUUGUGUUUAUUUAAGACUGCAGCCUUAUAGACAGAUACCAGUGGAAGUGAGGAAGCACUCCAAGCUAUUAGCAAAGUACUAUAGACCCUAUUAG